UUGGAGGGCCGUAGUAAAAAGUAGUGAAUCCACGUCAUGACUGUCCGCGGAUACUGCCAUAAGUGUGACCAGGAGGUGGACUGCGAACCCACAGACACCGGGGAUUUCCACUGCUUGACGUGCAAUAGCUCUGGCUACGUGGAAAGCGAUGCAGGCGCUUCACCUCAUCCUGCAGCCCCCGCGGCCUCCAACGGGCACGCCCGGGGCGCGGGCGAUGCCGGCCUCCCUCCCAUGCUGCGGAAUGGCGAGGCCAUGGCCUCAGCCUUCAGACACUUUCUUCAAGGUGUGGCAGGCGGUUUGCAAGAACCCGGGCCUGGACUCGAUGGCAUACAGAGGACUGUUGUGGGCGCCGUGAACAAUGGCGUGCAGCGGGUCAUUCACAAUACACAGGGGCUCAGUGAAGAGGAUCGAAUGUGGAUCCAACAGCAGGGAAACCAGAUGACGAUCAUUGCAUCAGGCGGCAUCAACAUUUUGAGGCAUGCAGGGCCUCUGGCAGUCUUUUUGGAACAACACCUUGGUCGAAAUUGGCAACAGCAGCAAUCUGGUCUGGAUGAAGGGACAAUUUCCAGGUGGUUAGAUGAGCGGCAGAUUCCCAUAGACAGCGUUUUGCCCAACAGUGGAUGCCCAUUGGGCCUGAAGCCCAAUGAGACCUGGAGCUGCAGCAUUUGCCUUACAGGGUGUACAGAGGAUGCCCCUGGGAAUGGAGGGAGCGAAUCUGCGCAGACAGAUCAAGAGAUUUGUUUGUUGUGCGACAGCGACGGCCAUACGUGGCACGUCUUCCACAAGAGUUGCGCCAAAGAAUGGUUGCAGCGAAGCGCUACUUGCCCCUUGUGCCGCCGGAAUUUGCACAUCACGUAGCUGGGCUAGAGCUUCAAUUUGGCUCACCCAGCGAAUCCCCCCAAUCUGAUAAUCUGGACCAGUCAAGCCUGACCACCCCCAGAUGACUGACGUGGAAACCCGUAAGUUGCUC